CCUCAAACGCCUCUUUGGGUGUUUCUCCUUCUUUCCAAGAUUCGUCUUUGCUGAAAUUCGUGGAAUGGAGCUUGUUGUUGGUGUGUGUGUUUGAAGAAAUUGUGGAGUCCCGCCUCCUUCCAGGAAGCCGCUCACCUGUGUGUCCGUGUUUAGUGUCCAGGUGUGGAGUGGAGCUUGUUGUUGGUGUUUGAAGAAACUGUGAAGGUAGAAAGUGUGUGUGAGCUGAAUUGAGCAGCAUGGAUCAGUGUGAGGACAGAGAGGAGGGAGUCCCUCCCUCUAAAACCACUCUGUGUGGGGAACAUGAGAGCCAGACCAAAGCUCAGAGGAAGAGACGAGGAACUAAACGGAAACAUGAACCUGAACCCAGCUGUGUGUCCUUAAAGAGUGACCAGUCUAAAUAUGACCCUAUUGAUUUUAAAGUCCAGCGUCUGUCUGCUGCAGAGAGCAGGAUCAAGGAGAGACCUGCUGGACUUGAACCUGGACCCAGCUGUGUGUCCUUAAAGAGUGACCAGUCUAAAUAUGACCCUAUUGAUUUUAAAGGACUGCAGUCGUCUGCUGCAGAGAGCAGGAUCAAGGAGAGACCUGCUGGACUUGAACCUGGACCCAGCUGUGUGUCCUUAAAGAGUGACCAGUCUAAAUAUGACCCUAUUGAUUUUAAAGGACUGCAGUCGUCUGCUGCAGAGAGCAGGAUCAAGGAGAGACCUGCUGGACUUGAACCUGGACCCAGCUGUGUGUCCUUAAAGAGUGACCAGUCUAAAUAUGACCCUAUUGAUUUUAAAGGACUGCAGUCGUCUGCUGCAGAGAGAGUGGACCAGCAGAGCUCAGAGGUUCCCAGUGGUCAGUCUGCCCAGCAGCAUCAAACACACCUGGACUCCAUAUUUAUGCUGCUGGAGGACAACAUCAUCACUUUUGUGAAGAACGAGCUGAAGAAGAUCCAGAAGGUUCUGAGUCCAGAUUACCCAGAAUGGUUACAGAGUCAGACAGAGGAUGAUGAGCAGAGGAAGUGCAACAGAGAGGCAUUUGUGAAGAUCACACUUAACUUCCUGAGGAGAAUGAAGCAGGAGGAGCUGGCUGAUCGUCUGCAGAGCAGAACUUUGAGUGGAAUUUGUCAAUCUACACUUAAAUCUAAUCUGAAGAAGAAAUUCCAGUGUGUGUUUGAGGGGAUCACUAAAGCAGGAAACCCAACCCUUCUGAAUCAGAUCUACACAGAGCUCUACAUCACAGAGGGAGGGACUGCAGAGGUCAAUGAUGAACAUGAGGUCAGACAGAUUGAAAAAGCAUUCAGGAAACUAGACAGACCAGAAACAAUAAUCAGACAAGAAGACAUCUUUAAAGCCUCACCUGGAAGAAAUAAACCAAUCAGAACAGUGCUGACAAAGGGAGUGGCUGGCAUUGGGAAAACAGUCUUAACACAGAAAUACACCCUGGACUGGGCUGAAGACAAAGCCAACCAGGACAUCCAGUUCAUAUUUCCAUUCACUUUCAGAGAGCUGAAUGUGCUGAAAGAGGAAAAGUUCAGCUUGGUGGAACUUGUUCAUCGCUUCUUUACUGAAAUCAAAGAAGCAGGAAUCUGCAGCUUUGAAGACUUCCAGGUUGUGUUCAUCUUUGAUGGUCUGGAUGAGUGUCGUCUUCCUCUGGACUUCCACAAAACUACAAUCCUAACUGACCCUAGAAAGUCCACCUCAGUGGAUGUGCUGCUGAUAAACAUCAUCAGGGGGAACCUGCUUCCCUCUGCUCGUCUCUGGAUAACCAUGCGACCUGCAGCAGCCAAUCAGAUCCCUCUUGUAUAUAUUGACAUGGUAACAGAGGUCAGAGGGUUCACUGACCCACAGAUGGAGGAGUACUUCCUGAAGAGAUUCAGCAAUGAGAUGAAGGCCAGCAGGAUCAUCUCCCACAUCAAGACAUCUCAAAGCCUCUACAUCAUGUGCCACAUCCCAGUCUUCUGCUGGAUCACUGCUACAGUUCUGGAGGAUGUGCUGAAAACCAAAGAGGGUGGAAAGUUUACCCUGACCUUGACUGAUAUGUACAGCCACUUCCUGGUGGUUCAGGCCAAAGUGAAGAAGGUCAAGUAUGAUGGAGGAGCUGAGACAGAUCCACACUGGAGUCCAGAGAGCGGGAAGAUGAUUGAGUCACUGGGAAAACUGGCUUUUGAUCAGCUGCAGAAAGGAAACCUGAUCUUUUAUGAAUCAGACCUGACAGAGUGUGGCAUCGAUAUCAGAGCAGCCUCAGUGUACUCAGGAGUGUUCACACAGAUCUUUAAAGAGGAGAGAGGACUGUACCAGGACAAGGUGUUCUGCUUCAUCCAUCUGAGUGUUCAGGAGUUUCUGGCUGCUCUUCAUGUCCAUCUGACCUUCAUCAACUCUGGACUCAAUCUGCUGAAAGACAAACAAACAACCUCGAUGUUGUCUAAAUUAAUUGGCAAACCAAACCUACAAUUUUUCCACCAGACUGCUGUGGACAAGGCCUUACAGAGUCCAAAUGGACACCUGGACUUGUUCCUCCGCUUCCUCCUGGGUCUUUCACUGCAGACCAAUCAGACUCUCCUACAAGGCCUGCUGAUACAGGCAGGAAGUAGCUCACAGACCAAUCAGGAAACAGUCCAGUACAUCAAGGAGAAAAUCAGUGAGAAUCUGUCUGCAGAGAAAAGCAUCAAUCUGUUCCACUGCCUGAAUGAACUGAAUGAUCGUUCUCUAGUAGAGGAGAUCCAACAGUCCCUGAGAUCAGGAAGUCUCUCCACAGAUAAACUGUCUCCUGCUCAGUGGUCAGCUCUGGUCUUCAUCUUACUGUCAUCAGAAAACGAUCUGGAUGUGUUUGACCUGAAGAAAUACUCUGCUUCAGAGGAGGCUCUUCUGAGGCUACUGCCAGUGGUCCAAGUCUCCAACAAAGCUCUAUUGAGUGGCUGUAACCUUUCCGAGAGAAGCUGUGAAGCUCUGUCCUCAGUUCUCAGAUCCCAGUCCUGUAAUGUGAGAGAGCUGAACCUGAACAAUAAUAACCUGCAAGAUUCAGGAGUGAAGUUUCUGUCUCUUGGAGUGGCGAUUCCACAUUGUAAACUGGAAUCUCUCAGACUUAGAGGUUGUAACCUUUCAGAAAGAAGUUGUGAAACUUUGUCCCCAGUUCUCAUAUCCAACUGCUCUAGUCUCAAAGAGCUGGACCUGAGUGACAACAAUCUGCAGGACACAGGUGUGAAGCUUCUGUCGCUUGCAGCAAAGAGUCCACACUGUAAACUACAGACUCUAAGAGUCAGUCAUGGUAAUCUCACAGAGAGAAGUUGUGAAGCUCUGUCCUCGGUUCUCAACUGCCAGUCCUCUAGCCUGAGAGUGUUGAACCUGAGUAACAACAACCUGCAGGAUUCAGGCGUAAAGCUACUGUCUGCUGGACUGAAGAGUCCACACUGUAAACUAGAAGUUCUUGUACUGAGUGACUGUGACCUCUCAGAAAGGAGUUGUGAAGAUCUGUCCACACUUUUCAGUUCGGACUCAUCUAGUCUGACUGAGCUGGACAUGAGUAGCAAUAACUUUCAGGAUACAGGAAUGAAGCAUCUCUGUAUUGCACUGCACAGUCCACACUGUACACUCAAAAUUCUCAGGUUAAGGAGCUGUAAUCUCUCAGAGAGAAGCUGUGAAGAUUUGUCCUCAGUUUUUAGCUCCCAGUCCUCUGGUCUGAAAGAUGUAGACCUGAGUAACAACAACCUGCAGGAUUCAGGAGUGAAGCUUCUUUCUAUUGGCCUGAAGAGUUCAACUGAGAUGAAAACUCUCAGACUGAGUGGCUGUAAACUCUCUGAGAUAAGCUGUGAAGCUCUGUCCUCAGUUCUCACCUCCCAGCCCUCUAGUCUGAGAGAGCUGGACCUAAGUGACAAUGACCUGCGGGAUUCAGGAGUUAAGCUGUUGUCUUCCGGAGUGGAGAGUACACUCUGUAAACUGGAAAUUCUCACACUGUCAGGAUGUCUGAUCACAGAUCAGGGCUGUGAUUCUCUGGCUUCAGCUCUGGAGUCCAACCCCUCCCAUCUUAGAGAGCUGGACCUGAGCUACAAUCAUCCAGGAGACUCAGGAAUGAAGCUGCUCUUGGCUGGACUGAAGGAUCCAGGGUGGAGACUGGACACUCUCAGGUUGGAGCCUGCUGGAAAACAAUGGUUGAGACCAGGUCUGAGGAAGUAUUCCUGUCAACUCACUAUUGACACAAACACGGUGAACAGAGAACUCAAACUGUCUGACGACAACAGGAAGGUGACACGUGCGGAGGAGUAUCAGUCAUACCCUGAUCAUCCAGACAGAUUUGAUUGGUAUCAGCUGUUGUGUAGAAAUGGUCUGACUGGUCGCUGUUACUGGGAGGUCGAGUGGAGAGGAAAAGUUGAUAUAUCAGUGAGUUACAAGAGAAUCAGAAGGAAAGGAGAGCUACUAGAUAUUAAUUACUGUUUGUUUGGGUGUAAUGAUCAGUCCUGGAGUCUGGAGUGCUCUGCUGAUGGUCCUCAUUGUGUCUGGCACAAUAAGAAGCAAAUUCCUAUUCCCAUCUCCUCCUCCUCCUCCUCCUCCAUCUCUAACAGAGUAGCAGUGUAUGUGGACUGUCCUGCUGGCACUCUGUCCUUCUACAGAGUCUCCUCUGACACUCUGAUCCACCUCCACACCUUCAACACCACAUUCACUGAACCUCUUUAUCCUGGGUUUCGAUUAGGGUACAGCUACACUGGUUACCUCUUUUCUGGUUCGUCAGUGUCCCUGUGCUGAGUUGAGUGUAAAGAGUGUCCUCCUGUUAGAGAAACAGUCUGACUGUUGAACAGAUAGUUCAGUCUGUUCAUGUCUGUCUCUUACACUCAGAAACACGUUUUCAGAUUCAUGAAUUCAAUCAGUUGAUGUUUUAAACUGUUCUAAAUGUUUACUUGUAAACUUCUUCUUCUUCAGUCCUUUAAAGAUGGAAGCUCCCAUUAUUCCAGGAUCCACAUGUUGUUUUUCUGUCUUUUUCCACUCAAAGCUUCACAGUGAAUAUCAGUAUGUUGUGUUUCACUGAAGCUCAGUUCACAACCAGCUCCUCUGCAUUUUCAACAAGUCUAAGCUCACUAUCAUGUAAUGAUUUUUCUUGAUUAUACUAGGUAUGGGUUAAUUGGCUUUAAGACAUGCUGCUUUAUUCAAUUUAUACACAUGUCAACGUUUUAACUGAAAGUAGGUCUGAGAGGGUUGAUUUUCUGCAUGUCAAAGUUGCCCAUCAGUGUUGGUCAAGUUACUUGAAAAAUGUAAUUAGUUACUAAUUACUUGUCCAAGAAAGUAAUCACGGAAGAAAUUUGCUUAACAUUUAAAUCUAUUUUCUGCAUAUUCCAGCAUAUAAAAUAAAACAAUGUUUUGUUUUUACACUCACUGUUUCAAAUAGAUGCAAGUAAAACACAGCAAAAAAUAAAUAAAAUCAAAGAUUCAGCGGCACUAAGUCCUGUCGCUCUUAAAUCUAUUUUCACAUGUUUAGCAGGUGGACUCUUUGUUGUUUUGUUAUUUGUUGUGCAUUCAGCUGUUUAAAAAUAAAAAAAAAUGAGUGAUACUGUGGGCUGAAAGUAGACUAUUAAGUGUGUCGUCAGAAGUCUUCAAAACUUUUAAAAUGAUGGCUGUUUAGAGUGAAGAGUCAGUUCAUUGAAGUUGGACUCUUAGGCUACGUUCACACUGCAGGCGAAAGUGCAUCAAAUCCGAUUUUUUUGACCCUAUGCGACCCAUAUCCGAUCAUGGUAUGACAGUGUGAACAGCACAAAUCCGAUAUUUUCAAAUCCAAUCUUGGUCACUUUCGUAUGUGGUACUGAAUCCGAUACAUACCUGAUGUUUUUGGACGCAACAUGGCGCCUGUGUUCAGCUUGGCCGCUGUUGCUGCUCCGUGUCGACUGCUUCAGUAUAUUGUUUUUUAUCUUGUCAUCUCAUCUGUGAUAUAUCAUGAAUACAGUUCACAUACAUUGUUGAGUAUCAAAAUAUGUAUGGAAAAAACUUUUGACAGCUGGCAGAGCUACCACCAGGACGCGGAUAAGGCCGAUCGGUUACCGCCUACCCAGCUUUUCAUCACAGGCGAACAGAACGAUUACCUGGAUCGGCGUCUUGUCUGGAGAUGUGGGAUUUUUUCACUUUGGCCUAUCAUUCUACAAGACCACAGUUCCACAGCAAGGGGUACCGGGAGACUACGUCCUCAUUCCGGGUGUCUGCUAUCAAUUCCCCGUCAAUCAGCUGUUGAUGACGUCAGCCUGUCACCUCUGCUUCAGAUCGCUCUCCUAAACGCUCGCUCCAUAGCCAACAAAUCAUUUGUACUGAAUGACUUUUUUAGCAGUAAUAGUCUGGACUUCAGGGGCAGCACGGUGGCACGGUGGUUAGCACUGUUGCCGCACAGCCUGAGUUCAAUUCCACCAUCAGGCCGGGGUCUUUCUGUGUGGAGUUUGCAUGUUCUCCCCGUGUUUGCGUGGGUUCACUCUGGGUACUCUGGCUUCCUAACACCGUCCAAAGACAUGCAGUUUGUGGGGAUAGGUUAAUUGGUUAAUCCAAAUUGCCCAUAGGUGUGAAUGUGAGUGUGAAUGGUUGUCUGUCCCUGUGUGUUAGCCCUGCGACAGACUGGCGACCUGUCCUGGGUGUACCCCGCCUCUUUCUCUAUGACAGCUGGGAUAGGCUCCAGCACCCCCCGUGACCCUGUAAAGGAUAAGCGGAAGCGAAUGGAUGGACGGAGUCUGGACUUCAUUUUUCUCAUGGAAUCUUGGCAGCGGGAGAAUGAAUUUAUCCACCUUAAUGAGCUCUCCCCGGUCGGCUGUCGCUUCAUCGGGACUCCGCGUUUGGACCGUCGUGGUGGUGGUCUGGUCACUGUUCACCGAAACAGUUUCACUUGCAAGGCUAUGGACUCUGAGUUUUUCCCUUCCUUUGAGUCACAACUUCUUAAGGUUGGUUCAUCAGAUAUAUUUUAUUGUGUUUUAAUUUACCGCCCUCCCGGCCCUGCUGGUGUUUUUAUUCAAGAUUUUACGGACUUUUUAUCUUCCAUUAUUAACCCUUUAAAGCCGGUCGGAGCAGGCAUGCUCCGUUUUGCGUAACUAUUUUUAAAUCCCGGUAGAACUGGAACCACAUAAGCUAGCGCAAUAAUUUUUUUUUGCAUAUGAAACCGGAGGAGUUGUACUUACAUCUUAUGCCAUCAGCUUGUCCUAGGUCAUGGUUUCCUUCCACAUGUAGCUUUGAAAAGAUUACAUAAAAAGCACUUGCAGCAACAAAAACAUAAUAUUCCAGAAACAGCCUUUGCUGAUCCAAUCAGCUGUUCGUAACACUUCCUACGUUGGAAUAGACGUCAGCGCGAACUCUCGCAUGUCCGCCAUUACCUGCCCAAAAUUGGAAGUGACGUCAUUUCGCAGAAAAUGUAGGGUUUUUUACAUAUAGGCCUUAUAAGCCUAUACUGGUGUUUUUAAAACUCAUGUUUGACUUCAUGCUUUUCUGAAUCGUUUCUGGGAUGCUUAGAACUCAAAUUAAAUGAAUAUAGUUUAGUUUAUAUGGUUUCUUUCCAGCAACCGUGGUUCAGGGGGUUGAGAAGCUCAUCUGUAACCGAAAGGUUGCCGGUUCGAUCCCCAGCUCUCUCUGUCCUGGUGGUUGUGUCCUUGGGCAAGACGCUUUACCCUACCGCAUACUCGUGUUGGCCAGAGGGGCCGAUGGCGCGUUAUUGCAGCCUCGCUUCUGUCAGUCUGCCCCAGGGCAGCUGUGGCUACAACUGUGGUUUGCCUGCACCAGUGUGUGAAUGUGAGAGUGAAUGAAUAGUGUAAUUGCAAUCCAUUAUUAUUUUGAUGCACAUGCUGUUUUUUUUUUCUUCAAAUUUGCAUUGUACUAUUUCUUUUCUUUUUUCCUGCUGUAUAUAAAAAUU